AAAGUUACAAAAAGGCGAACCAAAAAAUAAGAGGAAUAAAUGAAAAGAGACGCUGAUGGCGGAAUUUUUAGAAAAGAGCAACAAUCUUAAAUGCAUUGUAAGGAAUCAUAAAAUCGUUUUAUUUCGAAACCUUUUUACCAGGUAAACGCAUAUAGACUCGGAAACGAACUGCAAUUGGAUUAAUAUACUUGACAAAAUGGGUGAUGAUUUAUUUGAUCAACUAAAAAACGCUGGCCCGGUUAAGAGGACACCACCGCCUACAAUUAAUGUUAACAACAAAAAACCUGAGGUAGAAAAAGUUUCAAAUAAUUCAGUAAACGAUACGAUAGAAAUAGAUAAACUGAAUAAUGAACAUGAUAUAUGUAAAGCCAAAAAUCGGCGAAAGUCUAUGCCUCCACCCGUAUCCGUUAAUGUUACGAAAUAUAAAUCGAAUAAGUCGCGUAGUAUGUCUCCACCCAAAAUUGUUUUGGUUAAUAACGCACCGGUCAAAUCACUUAAAGUGCGAUUGGAACGCAAAAAUUUGGAAAAAUUUUUAGCACAACCUCUCGAGGAGCAUGUGAGGAGUUUGCGAUUAAAACAAGAAAAAACAAAAGAGAGUGCUAAAACUACAAAAACGACCCCAACCAAAGCUCAACAAAAAUUGUUUGAACCGAUGGUUAUGGAUAAAGCUCAGAAAAUCCGGAGUAUGAAAAUUAAACGUUGCUUAGUACGCUUACAAAAAGUUAAUGUUAAGAAGCUGCAGGCGGAGUUAGAUCGUAAAGUGUUGCUAAGCAAAGUUGAGAAACCGAAGCCCUCCAAAGGUCAAACUAAAAAUCUGAAAAAAAAGCCAACUGAGAAUUCGCCAACCAAGCAAUAUGAUUCUUCGCAAACUAAAAGAGCCCGUCAAGCUAUUAUAGAAACGACAAAAACUCCACAAAAAUUGUCUAAAACCGGAUUUUUUAUAAAAUUAUCACCAUCGCUUUCCAAUAAAAAAGCGAAAGAGAAAAAGAAAAGAACUCUCAAAUUGAAUGCAGCCAUAGGCACUAAUUUAUCUAAGACAUCCAUCUCUAAACCCACCAGCAAGUUUACACGCACCCAGCUAAUCAAAACUUAUGGAAAGCGUGUUUUCAACGCUUACGUAAAAAUUGAGCGUUGCAAUCAUCCUUUAUUAUUAACUUUCGAGUCGAACGCUCGUGCCCGUAAGUUGCAAGCCAAACGUAACAAAUCAAAAAAUCUUUCAGUAUCUUUCCGUGAACAAGUUGAAGUGUUUGGUGAUAGUUCUGAUUCAGAAGACUAUUGUUCUGAUGAAGAUUUCUAUGCUAAUUUAAAAAUUUUCGACAAAGCCGGUGCAAAUAAUAAUAGCACGCCCCUAGUUAUGCCGGCUCGUCUAAAAAAGGUGGAAAACGGUAAAGUAAUAGACGACAUCGAAUUAGAUCCUACGCUAUUCGUAGAUCCAAAUAAUUUAUGCACUAGUACUCCGUUUAUGACACCAGGGCGUAAAAAACGUGAACACAAAACUUUAAGUCCUCUUAAAGAUGACGGUACCCCUAGUCCUCGUAAAGAACAAUUAAAAUUGGCCAACGAAAAGUUACCGCCCAGUGGAUUAAGACGGAUUAAUUUGGAUGAAGAAGAUGAUGAUGAAGAUGAUGAUUGUGAGUACAUAGUGCCUACUGAGGUGCCUCAACGGCGUUCAUCAUAUGCUGGUCUUAAUACUACUUUAGAUGAUGGUAAUAGUGCCAUUAUUGAGAAGGCUAACAAUGAAACACCUGUCAAUUCCCCAAUAGCAGCAAAUAUCGAUUCAACUACAAAAACGAUAGAAACGCAGCCAGAAUUGCACAAUACUGGUGAGACCACAGACAGUUUUGAAUCAGCGCAAGAUCAAACGGAAAAAUUAGACGUUGACUUGGAGUCAAAUAAUUUGAAUGCUUUAAGCAGCCGAAAAAGUUCACCGAUUGAGUUAUUUAACGACGCUUUAAGUUCCACGCAAGAUUUUCUACCGGACAAACAAAAUAGAACAGGAAAUAGCAAAAACGAUAAUACAGAUAUGAUAGACAAUAAGAAAUCUGUCAUUGAAGAUAGCUUUGGCGAUAUACCUAUGAAACUGUUUGUGGAUGACUCUCGCAGCGAUGACAACCCCACCAAUGCAAUCGUAGAUAGCAUAAUUAAUGAGACCCUGAACGAGAUGAAGAGAAAUAUAAACGAUUUGGCAGAAGAGUCAUUUAAAGCUAGCACCACUUAAAUACUUGUACUUCACCACUGACGUACAAUAACAUAAUUAAUUAUAAGUGAAGUUUUUCUUUAAUGAAAGAAUUCAUUGA